AUGACUCUGCUGGAGGACAACCACCCAGGUGCUCAGUACAACUAUCUGAUAGGUGUCCAAACUGGCCAUCGCAAGAAUGCUGGGACUACUGCCAAUGUCACAGUGAAACUGAUUGGCUCCGACGGAGAGAGCGAAACACACACUCUCACAGAUCCUGAUAAGCCAGUGUUUGAGAGAGGAGCUUUCGAUAUGUUCCUGUUGUCCACUCCCUUCCCACUGGGCGAAGUGCAAAACGUCAGGCUGCAGCACGACAACUCGGGAGGUCACCCAUCAUGGUACAUAAACAAGGUGACCAUACAAGACCUCCAAACACGACAUGUGUUUCACUUCUUUUGUGGCUGCUGGCUGAGUGCUGACCGCGGAGACGGCAUGACCAAGAAAACUUUCAAUGCUGCAAAGAACAACGAGAUUGCCAGCUUCAGGAAUAUUUUCCAGAGCAGAACAUCGACUGGCUUUAGGGAUGAACACAUCUGGGUGUCCAUAGUGGAUCCUCCCUCACGUAGUCCGUUCACACGUGCCCAGAGGGUCUCUUGCUGCAUGAGCCUGCUCCUCUGCACCAUGGCCAUCAAUAUCGCCUUCUGGAACAUUCCUACAGAUGAGAACUCCCCAGUACUUUUUGCGUUAGGUUCAUUGCAAAUCACCUGGCAGGAAAUCAUGGUGGGGAUGGAGAGUGGUCUCCUCAUGUUCCCAAUCAACAUCCUCAUCAUCACCAUCUUCCGAAGCAUCCGACCUCGCAUCAUUUCAAAAUCUAAAAAAGACGACUACGAGGGGAACUUGAGACCCCGCCCAGUUACCGUACCAACUAUUCUGAAGGAUACAGAGGAGGUGAUUUCUUUGAUGAGCAAAAGUCCAAGGAACAAGAUGUCAGGGACGAACACACUGGAGUCCACCACUGACCUCUGCCCUGCCUUGGACAGGGUGCAUGAGUUCAUCCAGCUUAUGCAAGGGGAGACUGAGAGUGACUUCCACUGGGUCUACUGCAGCAAGUUCCUCCUAGCUGGUCUCUGUCACCUCCUGAUGGGCCUGGAAAAAUUGGAUGGAAAAAACUUCCCAAGUCCAGAGGAGUACCAGCAGGCCCUCAACAUCACCAACUUGCUGGUCCGCAAGGCUGAGAUGGUUUUCAGCAGCCACUUGACCAACUGCCCACCUCCUGUGAAGAAGAAGAAGAAGAAGUCAGGAGGCUGCUGGCUGCCCUGGUGGUGUGUGUUUUUGGGCUGGUUCCUGUUGCUGUCUAUCAGUGGAGUGUCCACUUUCUUCACCCUCUUGUACGGCUUUCAGUACGGCAAAGAAAAGUCGACCAAGUGGGUCAUGUCUCUGGGCCUCUCCCUCUUCCAGAGCAUCUUUAUACUGCAGCCUCUCAAGGUGAUAGGCAUUGCUGUGUUCUUUGCUGUGCUGCUGAAACCUGUGGCUGUGGAGGAGAGUGAGGAAAUUGAGCAAGUGCUGUUAGGUAAGAAAAACACUACGCAGCUCAUCUGUUACCAGAACAGGUUGGGGUACACAGGCUCCUAG